ACAUUCUUACGCGCAAUCUACCUAUCUCAUUACCGGCAGCUACACGCGUCCUCCUCCUUCCUCCUUCCUCUCCCUCUCCCUCUCCCUCUCGAACGGUCACGGAAUUGGAGCUCGUCCAAAGCGAAAAUAGUGAAAGUUUGCUAUUAUUGGCAUCCCAUUUAAGCUCCGAUUCCUCUUCGUUUUCUCCUGUUCGGUAAGAAGUCCCUCUCUCUGUCUCCUCCUGUUCUUGGUCUUCUCCUUUGUAAUCUCAUACACUAAUGAUUUCACAGAUCUCGAGGAGUUGAUUGAUUUUAUUAAUUACACUUCUCGGGAUUCGUGGUUUCACUGUCCCGUGUGUUUGUCUGUCUCUACGAAAUGUCUUAGCCCUGGUUGAUUUCUAGGUUGUCCAUUCUUAGGUCUAGGGCUUCAAUUUGUUCCUUUCUUUUUUGGUUGUUGUAUGUAAAUUCGAAAUCAAAUAUAGGGGCUGUUUUGAUCAUCUGGGGAUGAACUAGGUGAUCUUUGUAAUUAUGAAAAUGGCCGAAUUCUUGUGAAUUGUAAAUAUCUUUCGGUUAGGUUAUUGUACAUUUGAUUCAAAGCUUUUCUGACUUGUGUAGUAGUAACCAAACAAUAAAAUGUCGUCCGCCGGUGUCACUAUUCUUAAUCCGGUUCUCAAUGAGCCUGUGGUUUUCCCAACUCAUUUGUAUUCAAAAUUGGAUCUGUGCUCGAAAGAAUCGAUUUUGAUAUAUCUCUCCAUUUCGGGUUCAAUGACUCCCAUGCGUGUUUUGGAAUCUGAUUCCAUCGAGUCCAUGAAGCUCAGAAUUCAAACCUGUAAAGGGUUUGUUGUUAAGAACCAGAAGCUGGUUUGCGGUGGCCGGGAAUUGGCUCGGAGCAAUUCUCUGCUCCAGGACUAUGAUGUUGCGGAUGGGAAUGUUCUGCAUUUGGUUCUUAGGCUUUCGGAUCUUCAGGUAAUUACUGUUAGGACUGUGAGUGGGAAAGAAUUUACAUUCCAUGUGGAACGAGAUAGAGAUGUUGGGUAUGUGAAACAAAAGAUUGUGAAGGAGGGGAAGGAAUUUGUUGAUUUUGAAGAGCAGGAAGUUGUGUUGAAUGGAGAGCGACUUGAGGAUCAGAGGCUGAUCGAUGAUAUCUGUAAACAUAAUGAUGCAGUGAUACAUUUGAUGGUUCAGAAAUCUGCAAAAGUCCGUGCUAGACCAAUUGAGAAGAAUUUUGAGUUGUCUAUUGUCGCACCACAGUUGAAUGAUGGGAGAGAUUAUGACGGUGAUGGAGAAAAGUGUAGCAGACAAUAUGAUGUUGGAGAAAUAGUACGGAGGAAACCUCCUGACAGUGAUUUUUUGUUGGAGCCAGUUAUUGUUGACCCCCAGAUUCAAUUGCCCUCUGUGAUAUGGGAUAUGGUUAACUCUACAUUUGACGGAUUAGAUAGUGGUCAUUACCCGAUCAGGUCUAUGGAGGGUACAGGAGGAGUUUAUUUUAUGAUGGAUUCUUUGGGGCAGAAGUAUGUGUCUGUUUUUAAGCCCAUGGAUGAGGAGCCAAUGGCUGUGAACAACCCCCAAGAGCUACCAUAUUCCCUGGAUGGUGAGGGAUUAAAAAAGGGCACGAGAGUCGGAGAAGGAGCAUUCAGGGAAGUUGCAGCUUACAUUUUGGAUCGUCCGAAGGGUGGGCACUACCCAUUGUUUGACGAUGAGAAGGGUUUUGCUGGGGUUCCCCCUACUUUUAUGGUCAAGUGCUUGCAUGGAGGAUUCAACCAUCCAGGGGAUUUGACUGUCAAGAUUGGGUCUUUGCAGAUGUUCAUGGAAAAUAACGGAAGUUGUGAGGAUAUAGGCCCUGGGGCUUUUCCUGUUCAGGAAGUGCAUAAGAUUUCUGUUUUGGAUAUAAGGCUAGCAAAUGCGGAUAGGCAUGCAGGCAAUAUUUUGCUGAGCAAAGCUGGAGAAGAUGGCCAGCCUAUACUUAUUCCGAUUGAUCAUGGGUAUUGCUUGCCUGAAACUUUCGAAGAUUGCACAUUUGAAUGGCUCUAUUGGCCACAGGCUCGCCAAUCUUACUCCACAGAGACGAUUGAGUACAUAAGAUCGCUGGAUGCUGAAAAAGAUAUUGCCCUUCUGAAGUUCCAUGGAUGGGAGUUGCCACUUGAAUGUGCUCGCACGCUCCGCAUCGCAACUAUGCUUCUGAAAAAGGGGGUGGAGAGAGGGCUCACCCCCUUUGCCAUUGGAAGCAUAAUGUGCAGAGAAACCUUGAAGAAGGAAUCUGUGAUUGAGGAGAUUGUCCAAGAAGCACAGGAUUCUGUGCUUCCUGGCACCAGUGAAGCUACAUUCCUUGAUGCCGUGUAACAAAUCAUGGAUCGCUACCUUGACGAGAUUGCUGGAUCGCCUUUAUCAUAAGGAUGCUGGUUUUGCUUUUCGGUUUUUGGAAUACAGGUAUAUAUAGGUAUGGCAAGGCAACUAGGAUUUUCUCCUUUUGUCCGUCCACACACAAUGUGAUUGGAGUAACAUUUCUUUGUGAUUAUCCAUUCUUUCAUAUCAAAUUAUCAAUCACUAGUGUGUUGUGAUUGAACUGAAGUCAAGUUUUUUAAGUUACAGAUUCACUUCUUUAAGUUUUUUCUUUUAUUAUUUUUUUGAACGAGGGCCUCUCAGCUUGAAGGGGUAGUGUUGUGUGAUUCAAUACAACGGAUUGUUUGA